AUGAAGAUGUGGGAGACGGCUCUUUGUGCUCUCCUGUCCACCCUCAUUUCCCUCAUCUUUGGUGGACUCUACACAAUUGGAGUGUUUCGCCAGAAGAGAUCAAAGGAACCACCUUUGGACAAGGGUUUUAUUCCAUGGUUAGGUCAUGGGCUAAGUUUUGGCAAACACCCCGUCCCAUUUUUGGAAAAGAUGAAGAAGAAACAUGGAGAUAUCUUCACAGUGUUGGUUGGAGGUCAGUAUAUCCAUGUUUUGAUGGAUCCUCACAUGUAUGGAUUUAUCUUCAAGAAAUCAAAAAACAAGCUGGAUUUUGGAGUCUUCGCGACCAACAUUGUCUCGAAUGUGUUUAAUUUCCAACUGACCACCACUCAUCAUAAGAUUGCGGAAACUGGCAGCAAGAAGUAUCUCCAAGGGAAGAGUCUAGUUGCCCUCAAUCAAAUUUUUAUGCAGAAUCUGAAGAAAAUCUUGCUUGAUUCGGCUGAAGAGAAGAAAUGGCAUCAGGAAGGUCUAUGGCGCUUCAGCUACAAAGCCAUCUUCCAUGCUGCUUUCCUGUCAUUGUUUGGCGCUGUGCCAGAGUUAGAGGUCAACAGCAAAGAAAACACCAAGGAAGGAAGGUGUAAAUCCUAUGAGAAGUUCUUUGAGGACUUCCAGCAAUUUGAUGAAUUCUUUCCGCAAAUGAUCGUCAACAAAAUGGAUUCCAAAACUAAGAAGGAGAUCCAGAGGCUGAAGGACUACUUUUGGGAUCUCCUGUCUGUCAAGAAGAUAGACAAGAGGGAAGACAUCAGCAUUUGGUUAGCGGACCAAGAUCAACAGCUGGCUGAAGCUGGGAUGACUGAGAAGAUAAGAACUCAGGUCCAGUUUCUUUUCCUAUGGGCUUCUCAAGCCAACACGGGUCCGGUGACUUUCUGGCUGCUUGCAUAUCUUUUGAAACAUCCCAAAGCCAUGAAGGCAGUAAGGGAAGAGGUAGAACAAGUGCUAAAAGAGAUCGGUCAAGAAGAAAACCUCAUGAACCUGUCAUUGAAAGCCAUCAAGACUCCUCUCCUUGACAGUGCAGUGGAAGAAGUUCUCCGCUUGAAAGCCGGUUCUUUCGUAUUUAGGAGCGUGAUGGAGGACCUCAACCUCCAGAUGGACAACGGAAAAGAAUAUAGCCUUCGGAAAGGCGACCAUCUUCUUCUCUUCCCUUUCCUGGGACUACACAUGGAUCCGGAAAUCUACCCUGAGCCUCAAAUCUUCAAGUAUGACCGCUUCUUGAGCCCCGAGGGCAAGAGAAAAGAAUUCUUCAAAAAUGGUAAAAAGUUGAAAACUUGUGUCAUGCCCUUUGGAGGUGGACCUUCAAUGUGUCCCGGACGCUUCUUUGCGGUCAGCGAAAUGAAACUAUUCACCAUCCUGAUGCUCACCCACUUCGACAUGGAGCUUGUCAACCCAGAAGAAGAAUUGCCUUCUUCAAUUGAAAACCGCAUCUUGGUUGGGACGGCGCAUCCAAUGCGCGACAUCGAUUUCAAAUAUCGACGGCGUCUCUAA